AUGUUGUGUUGUGGAGGUGCAGAGGAGGAACCCAACGGUGGUCCUCCGGCCAAUCAAUUCUCGGCCCCACCAAAAUCCGGUAAUAACCCGUAUUCUGGUGGUGCCGGUGGAGCUGGUACGAGAAAGGUGGAGAAUAAAACGAAGAUUGCACUGUACAAAGGAACCCCAGCUGUGGGGGUUGAAGAGUAUGGCAAGAAAAAUGAACAGGUAGAACUAUCUAUCAUUACAUUUACUUUUCUGUCCUCCUACGUUGUUGUCCGCGGAACUCGGCGAAUAGUGCCAUGUGAUCUGAUGACCACUCUGGAGAAGGAAGAGCAGUGUUCUUGCGCAAGAUAUCCUCAUCCAGAAGCUCCAACAAAGACUCCACCGUUAAAGCGUCGGCUACGUGAGGAAAAUUUAAAAAAAAUUAUGCCCGCAUAA